AGUAAUAAUAUAAUACUGUAGCUAUAUAGGCUGUUAUAAAAGGAGCACUGUCUCCCACUACCAUCCAAGAUAAACCCGAGUCUGUGAGAAUGGUUCAACUAACACACAUCCUCCUACUGACAGUCCUACUCUCUGGGAUUACAACUGCUGCUUCAGUUGGACAGCAAGAAGGUGUAACAGAACGAACCGCCAGAGCUUCUGAGACUGCCGACACAAGCCAGUACCAGGAGGCUGGAUUAGCACCUAAUCGCCAGGAGGGGUUGAUAUGCUGCAAUUGUCCAGCAGGACGUGAUGGGCGUCCUGGGUUGAAUGGUCGUGAUGGAUUCGCUGGUCUUCCAGGUAGAGAUGGCUCAAAGGGAGAACGCGGAUAUCGAGGCACUGAAGGACGACCAGGAGCACCAGGAUACCAAGGAGUACCAGGAUACCCAGGACCACAAGGACCACCUUCACCAGGUAGUGGAGGGAACACUUACAUCAGAUGGGGUCGUACUGUGUGCCCGAGUGUCUCUGGAACUAGUAUUGUCUACAGUGGCUGGGCUGCUGGCAGCCAUUACACUCAUUCUGGUAGUGGAGCAAACUACAUUUGUCUCACCCAGACCCCUCAGUACCUCAACUUCAGCUCUGAAACUGCAGGAGAGUAUACUGGUUUAGUGUAUGGGGCAGAAUAUGAAGCUUUCAAUAAUCAACCUAACAGUAGAGUGCACAAUCAAGAUGUCCCAUGUGCCGUCUGUCACGCCACCCAGCGAUCAGUGCUCAUGAUACCAGGACAAUACACCUGUCCAACUGGAUGGACCAGAGAGUACUACGGCUAUCUAGUUAGUGAACAUCAUGGACAUAAGCGAUCCACUUACGAGUGCAUGGAUGCGGAUCCUGAAGCUAUCCCCGGGGGAACUAAUCAAAAUGAAACACUAUUCUACCAUGUGGAGGCUCGCUGUGGCAGUCUGUCCUGUCCUCCGUAUGAUAACACCAAGGAACUGACAUGUGCUGUCUGCAGCAAAUAGCUAAAGCUGACACUCCAAACACAAACUCUAGUAGUAUGUAGCUAUAUUCGUAGAUUACGUAAGAAGAGUUUGACUUUUAGUAAAAUACGUUUCUGUUGACAUUGUUUGAAUGCAACACAAUUAUGGAGACAGAACGCAAGC